AUGACUGCUUGUAACGUAGAAGUAAUAAAAUCUGUUGGGCGAUAUUACAAUGCGCCGGUUGGAACAGUUUGUUACAAUACUGAGAAAGUUCUUACCACUGUUUUAAAUAAGCAAAAUGUGGAAGGAUUUGCUAGUAUAGUGUUAAAGUUGGUGACUAACGCUGGGAUUAUUUUAAGUCAGGAACAGAUGCUGUUAAGUUAUCAGUGGUUAGAGCAUAUUGCCAUGUAUGCAAAUCAAGCCGCUGUGAAUCCAAUGUUUGCCAAAAGCUUUUUGAAGGACAUAAAUAAGGCCUUGGAAAUAAACACUUAUUUAACUGGGCAGAGUUUGACUGUUACAGAUAUUGCUGCAUAUUAUGUACUAUAUCCAUUAAUUGAACGGUUAUCAAUCACUGAAUGUGAAUCAUUGAUUCACCUAUGUAGGUGGACAAGGCAUAUCCAAGCUCAACCUAAAGUGUGCAACAAGCGAGCACCUAUACAACUCAAUACCCUGAAUCUUUCAAUUUUAGCUCCUACAAUACACUAA